UGUGACGUCAUGUUACCUUAGCUUCACAAGUAACAGCCGACCUUGAUUCUUCAUCCACACACGGGCCGCAAGAUAUUUAAAGAUGCCGCGGGGGAUAGCGGAGCGCCCCGACUCAGCAGAGGACCUCGGGGAGGAGGGGAGAGAGCGACAGGAACUGGCCCGGCUGCAACGACAACUACGGCUACUGGAAGGGGACAGGCGCGCCUACACAGAGGAGACAUGCAACGUCCUCAUGAAACAGAAGUCGGUGAUCCGGGCCCUGCAGCAAGAGAACGGCGAGAUGACAACAGUCCUGCGUCUGUCUCAGAGCGACAGGAACGAGAUGAAGGAUGAGGACAACACAUCUCGCCUGCAGGAACUAACUGAGGCUGUGGAUACCUUCAGCUCUCAGUGUGACACGGAGCACAGCAAGAUCGCCCAGCUACACUCAGAGCUGGUCAGAGUUCAGACAGACAUCUGCCACCAAAGGAGUCUCAAUGGCAGCAAAUCGGGACCCAUCAUGUACAAGAUGAUGCUGAAGAAGACAAAGGUCAUAGAGAACAGACACGACAAGGCUAUGGUCAAGUUCAACAACCAGCUGGCGGUGAAUACCCGUCUCCGCGAGGAGAUCGACCACCUCCGACAGGAGAAGUCCGUGUUUGACACCCUAUUCCGGAAGCUCAACACUGACCUGGAAGACAUGCGCAAAGACAUGUCACUCAUCAUCGAAGAAGCGUCUCAGGCGUAUGAGGAAAGGGACGAGGCGUACAACAAGAUGCUGGCGCUGAAGGAGAGGAGCGAGAAGGACACGGCGCAGCACGAGAUGGAGAUGCGGGAGCUCCAACGCAUCAUCGAGCACGACAACAAGCUGAAGGAGUUCAUGAUGAUCAAGUCCAACGACCGCGGCGAGUACAAGGAGGAGGAGGACGCCAAGAAGAAGAAGGGCAUGAAGGGAGAGCGAGACGUAGACAUCGAGAAUAACCAGAUCUUGACGUACGAGGAGGCAUUCGCCGAGAUACGGGAAGCCACGGGGGAGGAUGACAUCUUCAAGAUCAUGACCGAGUUCCUGCGGCGGGAGGACGAGAACUUCGCCCUGUUCAACUACGUCAAUGAGCUGAACGAUGAGGUGGAUAAGCUUCAGGAAGAGAUUGGGUUGAUGAAGUCGGAAAUCGUCCGUUUUGAGGAGGAGGAUGUUCAGAUGGAAGCUGAGAGGAAGGUUUGGCUGAAGGAGCUGGAGGACAAGAGCACCCAGUCGGGGAAGGAGGCAGAUGUAGCGGACAAGAAGAUCAUGGAGAUGUCACAGGUUCUGGACGAGCUGACGGAUGGAGUUACCUCCCUGUUCCGCUGCCUGGGCUGCAACAGGACCCCCAUCAACGAGAUGCUGGGCAGCGAGGCGGGCGUCACGGAGAAGAACAUUCUUCUAUACAUGGGCAUCAUCGAGCAGCGGACGAUGGAGCUUCUGCACCUGCAACACUUCAUAGACAUGAGGAAUUUAACUCCCGAGAAGGAAAAGGAGAAAGGAAAAGAGGGAAAGACAAAGGAGCCAGAUAUGAAGAAGUUCCGCCGACCUCCCGCCACAUUCACUGUUACUAUAGCCCCUCCGGGUCUUGGGGAAGAAGAAGAUUUGAAUGAGCUUAAUGAAGAAACUGAACUCCGUCCUAUGAGCCAUGAGGAACUCAAGCAAAUGGUGAUGAAACGCAUCAACAGAUCAACCGGAAAUACGCAGUCAUUCAAUUCCACUCCGGUUAAGUCCCCUCGAGUACCAAAGGUCGAGGUCACUCAGCCAAAAUAAUCUGUCAUUGCAAACUACAAGAAUGUGCAUGUGCAAU